CUCGUCUAUUUGUGAUUGGUUAACUGCGGCUUUAACUCGUCUUUCAACUGAUACAAAAGAAUCGUAUGGUCAAGUUAUCAAGUUAGUUAUCGAGUCGUUUUUAUUCCGUUGGUACUUAGGUGCCUAAACCUUCCUGUGCACAUCAAUAAUUCAAAAUGUCUGCGAUUGCAAAGACCUUGGCAUACACUAGGGACAACGGCCGUUUAACAUUUGACCAGCGAUGCUUCUACGAAAAAAAUGGUUACCUUGUCAUUCGGAAAUUGGUUCCUUUAGAUAUACUUGAAGAAUGCAGUCAACGAUUUGAAGAAAUUGCGUCCGGUCGUAUUCAUAAAGGCGAAAUGACCGUGAUGCGAGAUGUGUCCGACCGAAAGGUGGUGAACAAAAUUCAGGAUAUAAGUCACGACGAUGUCCUUCGUAAGUACGUUGAGUACAGUCCAAUGUUGGACAUAAUCGAAGCUGUCACUGGACCCAAUAUAAUGGCCGUUCACAGUAUGCUGAUUGCAAAGCCUCCAGAUUCGGGAUCAAACAGCAGCAGACACCCACCACAUCAAGACCUGUACUAUUUUCCAUUUCGUCCAGUGAAUAAAAUAAUUGGAGCUUGGACUGCAAUCGAGCCGUGCGAUAUUGUCAAUGGCUGUCUCUUUAUAUCGCCAGGAUCACACUUGGUUGAUACAUUAUAUCCUCACGAGUACCCAGCCGGUGCAAAUAACAAGUUAUACCACGGAAUACAAGACCUUCCCAAUGCGAUGCCAUGGAUAAAUCUGGAGAUGCAGCCUGGUGAUACAGUCUUUCUCCAUCCACUUGUCGUUCACGGAUCUGGCGUGAACAGGGCGAAUCGAACGAGAAAAGCAAUAUCCUGCCAUUAUGCCGCUGGCGACUGUAACUACAUCAAUGUGAGAGGUACUGUUCAGGAUGCAAUUGCUAAAGAGAUUACUGAAAUAGCGUGUCGUCGACUAUCAACAGAUGAUGUCGAAUACAACGACAUCUGGCGUUUGAAAUCUUCUCUAGUGCGUGGAAUACGAUCCAAUUUGUGAAAACCAUUUCAAUUUGACUGGCAAUAAAGAUUGGGGGAUGGUAAAAUGGAGAUAGCACCUAAGCUGUUCGGGGUUUCUCUUUUAAUUUUGUAAAAUUGUAACAAUAAAACUUUCUCAGGCAAUCAA